AUGGGGAAGGAAGUGCUCAUUAAAGCAGUUGCACAAUCCGUGCCUACCUACACAAUGGGGGUGUUUCAGUUACCGGUGAAGUUGUGUAAUGAGCUAAAUGCCAUGUGUGCAAGAUUCUGGUGGGGACAAGUGGGCAAUGAAAGGAAAAUUCAAUGGCGAAAUUGGGAUUUGUUGUCCAAACCGAAAAAGGAGGGAGGGAUGGGCUUUAGAGAUAGCCGGAGUUUUAAUCUCGUAAUGUUAGCCAAACAAGGAUGGAGGUUAAUGCAGGAAACAAACUUAUUAUUGUAUGGGUGCUUUAAAGCAAAAUAUUUUCCUAGGUGCAAUUUCUUGGAGGCGGGCGAGACUCCAAACAGCUCCUAUGUCUGGAGGAGCAUAAUGGCUGCUCAGGAAAUUUUAAGAAGAGGAAGCUGCUGGAGAGUGGGAGAUGGGUCGGCCAUUCCGGUUACUCGGGAUAAAUGGAUUCCUAAUCACCCGACCAACAUGGUGAUUCACCCACCACAAGAUAAUGAGUGGGAGUGGAGGGUGGUGGAGCUGAUUGAUUGGACAACUCGGACCUGGGACAGAUAA